AUGCAAUUACACCCACUGAAUAAAGCGUUCCAUUGGCAGCAACCACCUGCGCCUUACGAACUCAUUACCCAGGAGCAGGCGAUAGCAUAUCGCGAAGCGGGCGGUUUUGUGUUGGAAAAUUGUUUUUCCCAGCAGGAGCUGGACACGCUGAUGGAAGAGCUUGAUCCCAUUGAGGCGGAGGUUAAUCGGCGCCUGGCAGACAUGCCUGCGGAUCAGCCAACCAUAGCCCGUGAAGAUGAAAUAGUUUUUUCUGCACAUGCGGUGCUGACCAGUGGUGUCGCAAAAGCUUUUGCCCGGCAUCCGGUUUUUCAAGCUUUGGCCCGGGACCUUAUCGGCCCGACGGUGCGCCUCUAUUGGGAUCAGUUAGUCUAUAAACGACCGGGCACCGCAGAUGAGUUUCCCUGGCAUCAGGACAACGGGUACACCUUUGUCGCACCGCAACAGUAUUUAACCUGCUGGGUCGCGCUGACGGACGCCACCAUCGACAACGGCUGUCCCUGGAUAGCGCCAGGUCUGCACAAGAUGGGUACCUUGCAACAUCACUGGACGCCCCUGGGCUUCAAUUGUCUGGAUGAACCACCUGCUGACGUGGUGGCAUUGCCUGUUAAAGCGGGGAGCGUUGCGGUGUUUUCCAGCCUGACGCCCCACCGCACCGGUCCGAAUCUCACUGCUGAUGUGCGCAAAGCUUAUAUUCUGCAGUACGCGCCGGAUGGUGCGGUGAUCCAUCCACGAGGUGCAGAUGCCGUGACGGCAGAUGACCCUGACCGUCCGAUUUACCCGCCCCAGGCAAAAGCCCAGGGCCUGCAGGGUGACGUUGUUGUUCGUUAUAACGUUACGGCCCAGGGCAUGGUGGUAGAUGCUGAGGUGAUCAGCAGUGAACCGCCGGGCGUUUUUGAUGCCGCGGCCUUAGAUGCGGUUAACAGCUGGCGAUUUAACCCGCCAGUGAUUGACGGCGUAUCCCAGGCCAGUUCCGGACGUCAGAGCACUGUGAGCUUCAGGUUGGAUGGCGCGGACCGUUACGACGGCUAUUAG